AUGGAGAAGGAUAGACAAACAUUCGAUAUCCAAAGACCAAGUGACUAUGGGUUAACAAGUGAUAUCACCACAAAGGAAGUAGGAGAGACUCUCAAAAAGAUGGGGAGAACAAAGGCAGUUGGACCAGAUAACAUCCCAAUUGCGGUGUGGAGGAGUUUAGGAGUAAAGGGCAUUCAUUGGUUGACUAAACUCUUCAAAGUUAUCUUGAGGACGCAGAAGAUGACAGAAGAAUGGAGGAAUAACACACUAAUACCACCGUAUAAAAACAAAGGCGAUGCGCAAGUAUGUAGGGACUAUAGAGGAAUCAAACUCCUAAGUUACACAAUGAAAUUAUGGGAAAGAGUAAUAGAGAGGAGGAUUAGACAAGAGACAAUGAUUAAGGAGAACCAAUUAGAUUUCAUGGCAAGAAGGUCAACUACUGAGGCUAUUCAUGUUUUGAGGAGACUAAUGGAAAAAUACAGGAAGUCGAAGAAAGAUUUGCAUAUGGUGUUCAUCGGCUUGGAGAAAGCAUACGAUAGUAUACCACGAAACAUCAUAUGGGAUAGCCUCAAGGCUAGAUUCAUAGUGAAAGAGAUUUCUAAAUUUAUUUGGGAGACGGUAUCGUGGUGCAUUUUAUUCGCUGAUGAUAUCGUGUUGGUAGCAGAAACUAAAGAAGAGGUUAGGAAUAAAUUGGAAGAGUGGAGGGAGGUUUUAGAAAGUAAAGGGAUGCGGAUAAGCCAUACAAAGACUGAAUAUUUACGAUGUGACUUUAGUGGGACAUCGCCGGUUGGAGAGCCAAAGGUGUCCAUUGGUGAAGAAGUUGUUACAAGUACAAGCACCUUUCUUGUUUUUCCUCGAGUUGAGGGACUCUUUACCUCCCAAACCCUGCUCAUGGUUUUUCUAUGGUCGGGAUACACUGGGUAUGAUGAUGAUGAUGAUGUUGUUUUAACCAGCUAA